AUGGCGAGGGGGUCAGGAGGACCAAGGGGAAAGGUUAAACUUGAACAGAUUGCCGACCCCUGUAAUAGGAAAACUAGCUUCAAGAAAAGGAAGAAAAAUCUGUUCAAGAAAGUGCAAGAACUUGGCAGCCUAUGUGGGGUUAGUGCUUGUGCGAUCAUUUAUGGUCCCUAUGACACCAAGCCGGAUGUUUGGCCAUCCCCACAGGAUGCCUGUCAGGUGCUCUCAAGGUUUCAUACCAUGCCUGAUAUGGAGAAAAGGAGGAGGAUGAUGAACCAGGAAGAAUUCCUAAGGCAGAGCAUACACAGAUUGAAGAGGAUGCUGGAGAGGAAGAAGAAGAAGAACAGGGUCAAUGAGAUGACACUGCUCAUGAACCAGAGCUUGGCAGGUAAGGAUUUGCAGAGUAUGAGCGUCGAGGAUCUGAACGAUAUGGCACGGUUAGUCGAUGAGAAGAUGAAGUUAAUCGACGAGAGGAUUCAACAACUUAGGAAGACAGCUUCGCAACACAUCGGGGUUGAUGAGAGGAGCGUUUGGCGUCCAGAGGCGAAGGAGAAGAGAGGAUCAGAGGUGUCCAUGGUGAUAGAAGCAUUGCAAAGGAAAAACUGGUUCAUGGAAGAUAUGAAACCAUCUGGACAAGACCAUCGUGGUGGAGAUGAUCAGACGGUGGUGCCUCAUGUCGGAACUGGUUCACAGUUUCCGGUCCGUGAACUAAAGUUCAUCUAA